CGCGUAUGCUACGUGUUGAUCAACAAACAAAUUUAACACCUACAAAUAUCACACUAACGAAAUCUUCGCAAUUGCAAAUCCAACGCUACAUCAAACCCUUCUUCAACUUCUUCAACAUCAUCUUCGUUGAAAUCAAUGGCAACUCUCGGAGGUUUACAUAACUCAUCGUCUUCAAACAGCGCCGAUAUCGACAGUCUCGCUCGUUUUGCUGUCGAAGAACACAACAAAAAGGAGAAUGCACUUCUGAAGUUAGCGAGGGUGAUAAAAGCGCAAGAACAAGUGGUUGCUGGCACUUUGCAUCAUCUUACAUUGGAGAUCGAUGAUGCCGGUAACAAGAAAAUAUACCAAGCCAAAGUGUGGGUAAAGCCAUGGAUGAACUUCAAGGAAUUACAAGAAUUCACACAUGUUAAUGAACCAGUGACCGACACGCCUUCUGCUGAUCAUGUUCAAAAAGACGGUGAUGGCUCAGGAUAUCAAUCAGUGCCUGUUCAUGAUCCUGCGGUCCAGGAUGCGGCAAAUCAUAUCCUCAAGACGAUGCAAAUGAGAUCCAACUCAUUAUAUCCUUAUGAGUUGCAAGAAGUUGUUCAUGCUAAAGCUGAGAAUGUGGAAGGCGUUGCGAAAUAUGAUAUCUUAGUGAAGCUCAAAAGGAAUGACAAAGAAGAGAAGGUUAAGGCUAAUGUGCAUAAGGAUGACAAAGGGGUUUUCCAUCUUAACAACAUUGUUCAGGACCAUUCCUAAUUAAACUGUGUUUUAUGUGUAAUAAUAAUACCUAAAUGCUACACCUUUGCUUGUAAAAUGUGGGCCCGGACGAUGCGUGUUUGAUUUGUGUUUUAUGUAUGAUUAAAAGUGUCAACUUUGACCCAUUAUAAUAGGUCAAACAGGGAAAACGCUCGGAUCAACUAAACAGACCUGACUCGUUUCAACUUGUAAUGAAAUUACCCUUUUUGCCU